UUAUCAUUGACUGCAGCCAUGAUUGAGAUCAGCGCUCGUCUCACUCGAGGAGCCGUUUACUUCACUGAAGAGACCAUCAAAUGUGUGAUCACUUUCACGAAUGUCAACCAACUGUCCAUUCAUAGCAAUCACAACAACCACAGCAAUGGCUUAAAUGGCGGACCGAGUGGUGUGAAGACCAGACCACCGAAGGACAGGGAAGUGGAGACUCUUUGUUGGGCCGGCGUUCAGAUCCACUGUUACUGCAGUGUGGAUGAGACCAAAGUGGUGGACAACGAUCACCAGUCUUCAGCGCCGGCAGUUCAGACCUCAACGGACACGUCAUUCAAUCCGUGUCUAAUGAGGGGAGAAAAGGGUCGCGUUUUAUACGCUUCCAGUCCUAAGAUAUUGUUCUGUGAUCUCAACCUUUCGCCAAACGAAAGCAAAUGCUAUGCCUAUAGCGAGACGAUACCCGAUUGGGUUCCGCCCUCUUAUAAUGGCCUCAAAGUGAAAUACCACUACAAGCUAUCCAUCGGCACUCAGAGGGUUAACGCAUCCAUUCAGUUGCUGAGGAUCCCCAUCCGCAUCCUCUCCAUCGACAAUCACUGCAAUCCCAACCCAAUCCCCAAUUCACUGAAUGCCAAACACCGGAACUCCAAUCAAAAUCACGAAUCAAAUGAUGACACCAGCGAUGAGUGCUUCGUUGACGAUCCCAAACGCAAAGACUCUGUGGUGUCGACGGAGUCCACGAACUGUGCCCUCAAUGAGACCAACGACUCGUCGCCUAACACUGUGUUAGACGUAUCGCUUCAUAGACUCGACUGUUUGACUGCAAAGCGUUGUCCACAGAGUUAUGUCAUAACAAACCAAUUGGGAAAAGUGGCCAAAUUUUGUGUCUUGAAGGGCACCUUCAAAUUGGGCGAAGACAUUGUAGGCAUUUUCAAUUUCGCUGAAUCUACCGUUCCCUGCGUUCAGUUUUCUGUGACUCUUCAGAGCGAAGAAGUGAUUCGAGAGGAAUAUCGCGUUAAAGACUUGAAGCCCUCGUCAUUCACUCAGACGACAAGUUAUGGCAAAUACAACGAGUUUUGUCUUCACAUGAAUCACUCGCAAAUGAUACUAUCGGUGCCGUUGACCGUAACGCCUACUUUCGUCAGUGAUAUGAUAUCCCUUUCGUGGAAACUUCACUUCGAGUUCGUGACCACAAAGCCAGAGGACACGCAGAACACGGUUCGCACGGAUUCUCAGGGAGUGAUGGAACAGUCGCCGGCACUUCUGAACGUGCAGACAAUGGUGUGGGACCUACCGAUCCUUAUAUACGCCACUCAUCCCAUUCAAGUGGCCCGAGGUUUUCAAAUACCUGCCGCCAGUACUCUAACUGUUUAGUCCAUUGGACGCAACAGUCUAUUGGAUUUAGUUAUAUAUUUAUUUUAAAUUAAUUAUACAAUU